AUGGGGGGUUGUCUAUUCUCUGUUCUUGUUGAUGAGUCUCGUGAUAUAUCGGUCAAAGAACAAAUGGCCGUGGUUGUGAGAUUUGUUAGCAAAAAAGGAGAAUUAAUUGAAAGAUUUUUGGGUAUCAAGCAUGUCACAGACACAACAUCAGAAGCAUUAAAGAGAGCAUUGGUUGAGUUGGUAGUUGUUGCCGUCUCAAGAUGUUGUUCAUCUAUUGAGGAUUUCUUCGACUAUGUGGCCUUGAUUGUGAAUACCACUAGUUCAUCUUGUAGAAGGAAUGAUUUAUUGCUUGAUAAGUAUCGCAGAAAUCUUUUGGCUAAGUUGGAGAGUGGUGAGAUGUCAACAGGAAGAGGGAAACAUCAAGAAACAUCCUUGGCUAGACCUGGAGAUACAAGAUGGGGCUCCCAUUACAAGACUUUAUUUCGUAUUGAAUCAAUGUGGGAUUCAGUGAUAGAAGUGCUUGAUGCUAUUAUCACCGAGUUGGAUCAUCGCUUUAAUGAGGUAUCUACAGAAUUGCUUGUUAACUUUUCUUGUCUUGACCCAAGAGACUCCUUCUCUAAGCUUAAUGUGGAUAAGCUAGCUCGGCUUACAGAGAUCUAUUUUGCGGAUUUCUCCUUUGAUGAACGUAAGGGUAUAAAAGAUCAACUCAAAACAUUCAUUGUUCAUGUGCGAAGACUCGAGGAGUUUAGAAUUUGUCAUGAUCUUGCAAGCCUAGCCAAAAAGAUGGUUGAACUUGAAAGGCAUAUUGUAUUCCCUUCGGUCUAUCGCCUCAUCGAGUUGGCAUUGCUUCUACCGGUGGCAACUGCAUCAGUUGAAAGGGCCUUCUCGGCAAUGAAGAUUAUUAAGACCGAGUUGCGCAACAAAAUGUCUGAUGCUUGGUGUAAUGAUUUGAUGGUGUGCUACAUCGAGCGAGGGAUAUUUAAAGGACUUGAUUUUGGUAAAAUUAAGAAAGAGUUUCAAAAGAAAGGUAGGCGAAUACCAUUGCCUAGGUCUCCUAGGCGCAAUUAA